AUGCAGCGCAAGCAAGUAGACGAGCGCAUCGGCGCGCUGAUCCGCAAUGGACUGCAGGAGAAGAAGAGAAGCUUUUUCGUCGUCGUGGGCGACCAAGCCAAGGAUGUGAUUGUGCGGCUGCAUUACAUCAUGUCCAUGGUGGACAUUAAGCAGAACAAGUCUGUCCUGUGGGCAUACAAGAAGAAGCUGUUGGGAUUCACAAGUCACCGAAAGAAGCGAGAAGACAAGAUCAAGAAAGAAAUCAGACGCGGAAUUCGAGAAGCCAACUCAGAGGACCCAUUCGAGCUCUUCGUCUCCCUACACAACAUCCGCUACACCUACUACAAGGAGACCGACAAGAUCCUCGGUAACACAUAUGGCAUGUGCAUUCUGCAAGACUUCGAAGCCAUUACGCCCAACAUUUUGGCCCGGACGAUCGAGACAGUUGAGGGUGGUGGCUUGGUCAUCAUGCUGCUCAAGGGGAUGAACAGUCUGAGGCAGCUCUAUAACCUCUCCAUGGACGCCCACUCCAAAUACCGGACAGAGGCGCACGACGAUGUGGUGGCGAGGUUCAAUGAGCGUUUCCUGCUGUCACUGGGAAGCUGUGAAUCUUGCCUGGUCAUUGACGACGAGCUCAACGUUCUUCCCAUUUCAGGCGGCAAGAACGUCAGGGCUCUGCCACCUCCGGAUGCCGACCAGCCCAAGACCCCUCAGAUGCUGGAGCUGGAAUCCAUCAAGGACGAGCACCAGGAACGGCAGCCCGUUGGGGCGCUGAUCAACCUCGCGAGAACCGUGGACCAGGCAAAGGCUCUGCUGACCUUUACCGAUGCCAUUGCGGAGAAGACGCUGCGAAGCACCGUUGCGCUGACGGCUGCCAGAGGACGAGGAAAGUCGGCUGCUAUGGGAGUUGCCGUGGCCGCUGCGGUGGCAUACGGAUACAGCAACAUCUUCAUCACAUCACCGUCUCCAGAGAACUUGAAGACGCUGUUCGAGUUUGUCUUCAAGGGCUUUGAUGCUCUCGGCUACGCUGAUCACGCGGACUACUCCAUUAUCCAGAGCACGAACCCCGACUUCAACAAGGCCAUUGUUCGUGUGAACAUCCACCGACAGCACAGACAGACGAUUCAGUACAUCCGGCCCCAGGAUGCGCACGUCCUUGGCCAGGCUGAGCUGGUCGUUAUUGACGAGGCGGCAGCCAUUCCCCUGCCCCUUGUUCGGAAGCUGAUGGGCCCUUAUCUGGUCUUCAUGGCUUCCACCAUCAACGGUUACGAGGGUACUGGCCGAUCCCUGUCACUCAAGCUCAUCAAGCAGCUGCGAGAACAAUCACGGCGGGCUACUACAGACGACGACACCCAGGUUGCCGACCGAUCUACCGGAAGGGCUUCCAAAUCGGAGGAGUUCCAGGCCAGCCGAAAGCUGCGGGAGAUUACGCUUUCGGAGCCGAUUCGUUAUGCUCAGGGCGACCCAGUUGAAAAGUGGCUGAACAAGCUUCUUUGCCUCGACGCAACUCUGCCCAAGGCGAGCUCCAACGGUGCGCCAGAUCCUAACCUCUGCGAGCUUCUCAACGUAAACCGCGAUACCCUCUUCUCAUUCCACCCUAUUCCCGAAGCCUUCCUUCAACAGAUGGUGGCGCUUUACGUCGCCAGCCACUACAAGAACUCGCCCGAUGACUUGCAGCUGAUGAGCGAUGCCCCCGCGCAUCAGCUGUUUGUCCUCACCGCUCCCACUUCAGAGAACAGCGGCAGGUUGCCCGAGCCUCUCGUUGUUGUUCAAGUUGCCCUGGAAGGAAAGAUCAGCCGACAGAGCGUAAUCAACAGCUUGAGCCGAGGAGAAAGGCCGCAUGGCGAUCUGAUCCCCUGGCUUGUGAGCCAGCAAUUCCAGGAUGAAGAGUUUGCCUCUCUCUCCGGUGCCCGAAUUGUUCGCAUCGCGACCAACCCGGCCUACAUGGGCAUGGGAUACGGAAAGCGCGCCAUGCAGCUCCUGGUCGAUUACUACGAGGGCAGAUUUGCCAACUUGUCCGAGGACGAUGAUCAGGUCAUGGAGAAUGGAACUGCCCGAGUCACGGACGCUGAGCUGGCCAAGGAGUCUCUGUUGGAGGAGAAAAUCACUGUCAGGGAUGACAAGCACAUGGCUCCUCUCUUUGCCAAGAUGUGGGAGAAGAAGCCGGAGAGGCUGGACUAUCUCGGUGUCAGCUAUGGCAUGACCAAGGAGCUGCACAAGUUCUGGAAGCACGUUUCGUUCUCACCCGUCUACCUGCGGCAGACUGCCAACGAUCUGACUGGCGAGCACACCUGCGUCAUGCUCAGGCCCCUUGAUAGCAGCGGCGACAAGACAUGGCUGGGUGCCUUCUCAAGAGACUUCCAGAAGAGGUUCCUCUCAUUGCUAUCCUACCAGUUCCGGACCUUCCCUGCCGUCACUGCGCUGGGCAUUGACCAGUCAGCAAACAUGGGUGCUCAGCUCGAUGCCACUCCCCAGUCCCCCUUGACCAAAGCCGAACUGGACAAUCUCAUGUCGCCUUUUGAUCUGAAGCGACUGACGUCCUACGCAAACAACAUGCUCGACUACCACGUCAUCUUGGAUCUCAUGCCCAUCAUUGCGCACCUUUACUUCACCGGCAAGCUCAAAUCAGACAUCUCCCUUACGGGCGUCCAGCAGGCGAUUCUCCUCGCCAUCGGGCUGCAGCGCAAGGACGUGGAGCAGAUUGCUCAGGAGAUGAACAUGCCCUCUUCGCAGCUCCUGGCCAUGUUCAUCAAGAUCCUGCGCAAGGUCACGGCGCACUUCAACUCCUUGGUCACCGCAGCGGCCGAUGCCGAGCUCCCGAGGGCUGAGAACAUUGGCGUCAGCCGAGAAAACGCCAGCGGCGCCCACGACGACGAGGUUGUGGACGACCGGUUCGUCCCCUUGGAGACUGCCCUCGAGGACGAGCUCGAGGAGGGCGGUGACGAGGCCCUCCGAGCUCUUAGGCAGAAGCAGAGAGAGAUGAUUGACUCUCUGCCUCUGGAUCAAUAUGAGAUUGACGGCGAUGCCCCAGCCUGGCAAGAAGCCGAACGCCAAGUGUCCAGCGCCGCCAAAGACGGAAAGUCAAACGUGGUAGUCAGCGUCAAGUCCGCCAAGCAGAAGCGCAAGGCGGGCCAGACGACGGCGGCGGAGCUUUACGAGCAGACUUUCGGGGAGGAUUCUCGGAAGAAGGCCAAGAAGGGGAAGAAGGGCAAAUAAAUUAGAAAGCUUUUGGGUGAAUCAUGUACACAGAUGGUUUGAUAUACCAAGAAGGAAAAAAGGCACUGCUAUUGGGGCGCGGCGUUAGAUUGCUUUUUGGGAUAGAGUAAUACAUUGUUUCCG